AUGCGGUUUGCGGGGAAACGGCACUGUGAGGGCCCCUCGCAGGGAUGCGACGCUUUUGGCUUUGCUGCUGCGCCGCCGUGGCGCGCCGCCGCCGCUGAGCGUCUCGCCGCACUGCUUUCUGACGUGCAGCUGCUUCGACUUCUGACGCUGACGAUGGAGUUCCUCUGCUGCCAACGCCCCAGCCUGUCGAUGCAGCAAAUAAAGGCUGGUGGUCAGGAAGCCGCCGCGCUCUCGACGCAGGAUUUCUUCAACGGUUUCAUGCUUGUUAAAGGCCGUGUGCUGCUGGCAAUGCACCAACUUCGUAGUCUUAGUCUGAGUUUGUGUGAGAAAAUGGGGGAAAAUAGGCAACUCUUCGCCAACUUGCUUGCGGCCCUGCAAGGCUGGGAGGCCGCUGCGGGUAUUUUUGGCCGCGAUGGCGGCUUUCUUUCCGACUGCCCUGAACUCGUGGCGGCGCUGGACGACGUCGCUGCCCACGUGGAGGGAGCGCUGGUGGAGCUGCGCGGCGGUGGAAAGACGGUGGCUGCAUACAAUUCAGCUGUGGUGGCAUUCACGAAGGAGGCGGAGGAGGUCGAGGGAGACGACCGUCUCCGUGCGACUCCACUCAGCAACGGGUGGUGUGACGGCUAUGGCAUCUCCGACGCGCCCGGGGCCUUUUCUGCGCUGGUUAGGCGAAUAGGACUUGACGUGCGUGCUAUUCUCUCCACCGCCGGGCUGCGUUCCCUGCUGGCAGCCUUCGUCAUUGUGGCUGGAGUCCCUGUGGUGCAACUCUUCUUGGACCUCCACGCACUGCGCGCUGCGGGCCCCGGCGUUCUCCUGGGCAGUAACUGCGCUACUGUGUCCCCGCCACACUACAGUAUGAGCGCCGUUCGCGUUUUUCUCUCCGCCCUGCAGUUGCUGCUGCUGCUGGGAAUGGGACUUGUCUUCCUCAUCCUGCUCUCCACCGCCGCCUCCAGCCUUGCCCGCGCCGCGGCCCUGCGGGCGCUCUGCUUGCAGGGGUCCGCGUGUUUUGUGCGGUGCACCGGCCAAACCCCUUUCGGCACCAAUGACGUCGUCGGCAACAAGAGGGACGAGUGCGAGGAAGAAGACGAGGAUGAGAGUGAAAAUGGCAUGAGUUUAACUGUGCGAAACGCCGUCGUGGUGGAGAAGGACCUCCACCCACAGUUCCCCGCAACGCACCCUCCGUGCGGGGAGGAAUACGCAAAGCCGUCGUGCGGUGGCGUCUCUGACGGAGACCUCCGCCCGGCGUGGCGGCCGUACAGUCAGGCCCGCCACGAUCAGUCGCUCUGUGCGUCUCCGGUGGCGGCACCGCCUGCGGGGUGCCACGCCGGGUCCAAGGCCGCUUUGCCCGACCUCGUGGAGAGUGAAGUGGAGACGCCGUCGCCACCGCUUGGGGCGGCGGGCGCAGACGCAGACGCCGAGGAGGAGGAAGAGGAGGCCAGCCAAGAGGAUGGCUCACUUCGCCUUCGAUGCAGGCAGGCGGAGCGGGAGCGUCAAGAGUUGCUCACGGAGGCCCCAAGCGGCGUCGCCGACAAAUACAAGGACUUCUCCCCCUAUGAAAAAGCAGACCGCACCGCAAGGAUUUGUCGUCAUUUGACAGAAAAUGUACAGGACUGCGUCUGCCCUUUGCUUAUUGUGGAAUACGUUCCCCGCGCCAGGGCGUCAGGUGAGAGCUUCAAGCCCAUGGAGACGAGAGACAGGUACCCUGUCGUCUACUGCAACUUCCCCGCCCUUGAACUGCUGCACUAUCGGUGGCUGACGGAUCUCGCUGGGAAGGAGCUGAAGGACGUCUUUGGUCUGUACCACAACCCAAGAAGUUCGUCGCAGUCGCGGCGAAAUAAGGGCAGAAAUAUGGCCUCCGCACUCCCGGCACUGCCGCAGCGGCAGCGGCGGAGCUCCAAGGAGCGCCUUAUUCUCGUCCCAUCGCCACCUUCGAAGGAGCAGGGCCAGUGGGAGAGGAGUCAAUCCGUGGAAAAAAUUGCCGACCUGCGUUGCCUCUUUGAAAACGGUGUGGAGGAGCUGCUCACGGCGCGGGCGCUGCAGGACGCAGGCCACUUUGACGUGUAUGCCAUGAGCAUUAACAACGUCACCUUGCCCUCCUCGUUUUGUGACCCGGGGCAGCCGCUCACCCUGCCCCAAUCCACUGAAAAGAUGUACCUGGUGUUGCUCUUUCUGCGCGAGAUCAACAAGGAGGCGAGGGACGACGCCUCGAGGAGGCUCAGCAACAGCCGCGUUCGCGGGGUGUCCGCGCCGCAGGCGACGGCCGCUCAGGAGUCCACAAUGGGUGACCGUUUCAACGAUCCAAUGCAGAAGCGGGCCUCCACGGCAAAUGCUGUGACGCCCAGCCUUUCCCACUCCCGCGGUUCCUUGCUGAACGACGGCGAGCCGGAUAGUACGGACUCCCAGGCCGGCACGUCGCAGCGGGGGCGCAGUUCACGGACGGCGCCAGGCGGGCAUCGACGCGCCAAGCGCCGCUCUACGAUAAAAGGCUAUUCGUCGCCCAUUUCGGCGGAGCGAGGCCACUCCGUAGACCAAAUCACGGCGCAGCAGCUACGGGAGAAGUUGAGUAGUCUGAUUGGUGUUCGCACGGCCGAUCUCUCGCCGCGGGUGCCGGAGUCCUUUCUGAUUAACUUUGUGGCCCUCAUGAUCUUUGUUAACCGGGUGUUGAAACGGUACAAGCGUGUCAACUGUGUCGUGGAUGCCGAAAAUAUGUUUAUCCUUCUUGAAUUGCGGACCGUCGAUGGUGUGCCGCUCGCGAAGAGGAACAGUCGGGCGUUGGAGAACGCGGCCUCCCUCCCGCUGCCUGGCUCUGGCGCCACUGAAGGCGAAAGCCAACGAAGUUCCUUGUACGACGCAGGGGUGGACUCGCUGCUCUCCCCAAACCUCUUGGAGUACCUGCGUGCUUGCGACGCCACCAUUCAUUUCACGGCCAGCGGAUGCACACUGCGCUUCCCGUACACCACGCAGGAGCGACUGGCGCUCAUGGAGGACGCCGGCACCUUGCAGCUCUCUACCCUCAGAGGGCUGUCGCUGUUUGGUGUGACCGCCACAAACGCCCUGACCGAGGACGCGGCGGCGCAGUCAAGUGGAAAGACGAUUCACCUGCACCAGUACGCAGCAGCAGAAAAGGCCUUUUCUGAGGCGGUGCGCAAGGCUAAACGGGGGUCAGUGCGAAAGAGCGAGGAAAACGCCGCAAGUGCUCCCUCGAAUGUAAAAACGGAAUUUUUUUCCAAGCCCGAUGGCAGCAGUGGCGUCGCGGGAGCUGUUGCCGUCCCGUUAGUUCAUUCUGUGGAUGAAUUGUCCGUGUCCUCGGUGGAGAGUGUGACGCGGCUGCCUCAUGUCUUCAGUGGUGGGCACUCCAAAACGACGUUCCCCGUCGCAAACAGAGCAACGCUGGUGCCGGCACUGGAGUCAAGGUCGGGGUUUGACACCAAUCAGGCAGGGACGCCGGAGUGGCCCUCCGCCUCCGCGUUCGCCCACGUGGAUAACGUCUUUGGUAAGUCCUUGGGCCGCAGCUGGAGUGACGCGAUGGCGACAAGUAUUUCCAGUCACGGCCCCCUUAUCGCCAAGGUUACCAGUUACUAUAAGCGCUAUCUGCACUUCUUCCUCUACUUAAAGGCGGAUCGAGAGGAUGUGGUGCAGAAUCUGUGGACGAGGGGGCACUCCGCGACGGUGGUGAACGACCCGGCGACGAUGAAGCGGUACCUGCUUAUCGGCAUGGGCGCCUUUGAUGUGGUGUUCAUUGAGUGGUCAGAGUGGCUUGUGACGCCGGAAAUCCGCGAGCUCAUCGUCGAGGACGCGGGAAGUAAAACGACGAUGUUGUACUUGUUGAAUGAAGACACGUACUCCCUCCCACUUCCGCCCGGGACCCCGGAUGAGGCGGUGCUGCGGCUUCGCGACAUUGGGGAAAUCUUCACGAAUCCCACCAUUGGCCAAAACCUAAGUCUCUACAUUCGGCAGCGUCGGCUGCGGCAGGAGAUGGUGCAGAUUCGUUGGCGGAAGAGCUACCAGAUUGUCCGUCAAAUCGGCGGCGGCGCCUUUGGCGACGUGUACGAGGUCUACCUCUUCGUCUCACGGGGGCGGCUGGCGAUGAAGCGGAUGUUUCUCAACGGAGCCAGCAACCGCCUCCUGGAGCAGCUGAAUCGCGAGGUGCUGAUCAUGAGCCAGCUAGACCACCCAAACAUCGUGAGCUUUUCCCACUCCUCCAUGGAGGACAACGCCUACUGUAUAUUUAUGGAGCUGUGCGACGGCACCUUGAGGGAGCGCUUGCAACGGGGCUUUGCGAUGAUGCAGCAAGACACACCGCGACUUCAGAAGCCGCCGCUGCCACGUUUGUCAAACGGCGCCUCCUUUCCACUGCAGGCAGCGGCAGGCAUGAGUAAUCGACCGGAGACGGAUCCCGAUGAACUGAUUAAAAUUUCAGAACCCCUUACUGCAAGGGAGAUCGUGCUAGUUCUCCGCGACGUCGCGAGCGGUAUUGCCUACAUACAUUCAAAGGGCAUCGUACACCGCGAUAUAAAGCCGUGCAAUAUUCUCUUCAGUAGUGGUGUGGCAAAGAUUGGCGACUUUGGUUCCGCCGCCGAGGAGUGCGCCGCGAAGCCGCUUGUCAACAUGAAAGGCACCUUGGCGUAUAUGUCGCCUGAGGUGUUGUUGGGUGAACCGUACGGGCGACCGUGCGAUAUGUGGUCCUUUGGCUGUUUGCUGGCGGAAAUCAUUGGACUUCGCCUCGGUCACCUGCAGGGGCUACAUUUUCCUGCCCUCGUGGAGUUGUACACGUCCAUCCCCCAGGCCGGGAGUCUGCCCAUCACCGUGGCAAACUACAAGGGUGGGAAGCUGCAGCACCACAUUGGGACCACCGCGGCGCAGAUGCUUUUAGGGGCCAUGAAAAGCGCCUGCCACGACGCUUGUAGCAAGCGGAGUGAGAGCUCCACGUGGCGGCGUGGCAUGGCCUCCGUCAACGCGAAGGAAAGCCUCUCCUCCGGUGAGAAGCAGGCGACGGCGGAAACCAAAUUUCAAAGUAGCAUGAGCUGCGACAGUGCGAGGGCAGUGACGUACAUAACUGCCAAUAGUACCACCUUUUUGGGCUCCGAAAAGGCCGAACUUCCGGAGAGUCUCGUGGAGCUGUUGGAAAGUCUCUUUCAACGUGACCCGCAGAAGCGCAUGACCGCGGAGGAGGUGCUGCACCACCCCGUGACGUGGGACGUCGAGUGGAUGGAGAUGGUGAUACGCGCCGUGGAGGAAAUUUGCCCCCUCGACGCGGACGACGCCCUGGUGGACGCCUCCCAGGCUGGCGACGCCAGCGCCGAGGAGGCGGAAAAUUUGGACCUCUCCAUUUCUUCCGUGUAA